AACACAACCUACUCAACAAUGGUACCUACUCUAAAGCAAGGGUGCAUACUCUGUUGAAGGGAACCUUGGGAUGCUCGGAAGCUUAUCAGUGGUCCCUCAAUGAGAAUAUUACUAAUGAUAAAGCCACCAACCCCUUGAACAGACAAGAAGACUGGGAGUAUAUCAUUGGCUUCUGCGAUCAGAUCAACAAAGAACUUGAAGGUCCACAGAUAGCUGUGAGAUUGCUGGCUCAUAAAAUCCAGUCACCACAGGAAUGGGAGGCAGUCCAGGCUCUGACGGUUCUGGAAGCUUGUAUGAAGAACUGUGGACGAAGAUUUCAUAAUGAAGUAGGAAAGUUUCGCUUUUUAAACGAGCUAAUUAAAGUUGUAUCUCCCAAGUACCUGGGAGACAGAGUGUCAGAGAAAGUCAAAAUCAAAAUAAUUGAGCUGCUGUACAGCUGGACGGUGGCCUUGCCAGAUGAGUCCAAAAUCAAAGAUGCCUACUACAUGUUGAAAAGACAAGGCAUUGUUAUGUCUGACCCUGUAAUUCCUGUGGAGAGAACCUUAAUCCCUUCUCCUCCACCCCGUCCUAAAAACCCUGUGUUUGAUGAUGAGGAGAAAUCCAAGCUUUUAGCUAAAUUGUUAAAAAGCAAAAAUCCCGAUGAUUUACAAGAGGCAAACAAGCUUAUUAAAUCCAUGGUGAAAGAGGAUGAGGCACGAAUACAGAAAGUAACAAAGCGCCUGCAUACCUUGGAAGAGGUAAACAACAAUGUGAAACUGUUGAAUGAAAUGUUGGUUCACUACAGCAAAGAAGAUUCCUCAGAGGGCGAUAAAGAACUCAUGAAGGAGCUCUAUGACAGAUGUGAAACUAAGAGGCGGACAUUAUUCAAGUUGGCCAGUGAGACGGAGGAUAACGACACCACUUUGGGAGAUAUCCUGCAGGCCAGUGACAACUUAUCGCGGGUAAUAAAUUCUUAUAAAAGAAUUAUUGAGGGACAAGUCAUCAAUGGUGAAGUGGAUGUUUCCGUGCUGCCUACAACAGAUGGAAGUGAUUCUGCCAAUAACAUCAGUACACUCAUUGAUUUGGCGGGAUUGGACAUUUCUAGCACGCCGCCGCCACCGCCAAUGCCUCCGACAACACUGACGCCGGCACCGACACUAGUUCCAGCUCCAGCCUUGUCGGAAAUCCCCAUCCUCCCACCGCCUCCUCAGACAGCCGGUCACUCCCGAAGCCGUUCGUCCAGCCAGGCUGAAGCCACCCCUGGUCAGCUGAUCAGCGCAGCCAAUUCCCUCUCCUUGCUGGAUGAGGAACUGCUAUGCUUAGGCCUGAAUGACCCAGCUCCCCCCACUGUAGCAAAAGAAUCCACUGAGAGCAGCCAAUGGAACAUGUUCCAGAACGAACCAGGAGACCUGGACUUCUUGAAUCCAAAACCGGUUUCUGUGGCCUGCAACUCUGCAGUGAACCCUCUUCUUCCUGCUGUGUCCCAGCCAGGGUGUGGAACGUCAGCAUCUCUUGCUUCCGCCUUCGCGACCCCUCAGCCUGUCCCCAGUAUCCCUGCCCCUGCCCCUUUCAUAUUCUCUGCUGGACCACCCCUGGGCCCCCCUAAUACAACGCCAGCUGCCCCUGGGUAUCUAGGCUCUGCUAUGGGAAGCAAUGGUCUGCACAAGAUGGAUCCAUUAGGACAUCUUCUGGAUGAAAGCAAAGGGCCUUCAGCUCAAGCCAGUAUAGCAGCUUCUGUGUUCCACGCAGGAGUUGCAUUGCCUGCUGCUACUUCUGCAUCUCUGGCAACAGCUGCAGUCACUGCUCCUGGAGUCCCCACGAUCCCAUACCCGAGCAGCUGCCCUACUGGGUCAGGAAGCCCUCUCUUCCAGCCAGCCUCAUUCCAGCAGCAAGGAAGUCCUCUGAAAGGACCGGAGAUCUCCUUGGCCAAUGUCCAUGUUCCACUGGAGUCCAUUAAACCCAGCAGCGCUCUUCCUGUGACUGCCUAUGACAAGAGCGGUUUGCGCAUCCUACUGCACUUUGCGAAGGAGGGCCCACCUGGGCGGCCUGAUGUGUUGGUAGUGGUGGUAUCCAUGUUAAAUACCGCACCCCUUCCUAUCAAGAACAUGGUCCUACAAGCUGCAGUGCCAAAGUCCAUGAAAGUGAAGUUGCAGCCACCUUCGGGGACAGAGCUCGCUCCAUUCAAUCCCAUCCAGCCACCAGCUGCUAUCACCCAGGUCAUGUUGCUGGCAAAUCCUAGAAAGGAGAAAGUGAGGCUGCGGUAUCGACUGACUUUCGCACUGGGCGACCAGCCCACCACAGAAGUGGGGGAGGUAGAUCAGUUUCCCCCCGUUGAGCAGUGGGGGAACCUAUGACCCAGAGGCAUUCAAGAGGGACUAGAAAGAAUGUGAAGUGGAAAGGCCAGAUGCCCGGUAUCCGUUAGUGAUAUUUAGCUUCCUUUACAUGUUCCGUCCACUCCACUUGUAGCUUUAGUCCAGAAUGCUUCCUGCGCUCUGGGGUGAAGCAGUCCGGGGCAUGAACGCCAAGCAUGAACUUGUGUCAGGAGCCAGGAACAGAGGCCUGGCUGGCUUCUGUAUCUUGGCCAAUCCAGUUCUACCUUCCACUUUCUUAAACUUGAAAUACAAUCAUUCUGGAGAGCUCAGUAAGCAGAAAGGGGGCACGCUGGUGCUCUCUUAAGGCUGGUCAAAUAUCUACAAAGGGCUAUGAUGCCUUCCUAAGUUCCUUUGGGGCAGAGCUCUAAUGGAUGUUCCUGUGCUCAAUUUUUACCUCCUUGGUGCCAGAACUAGGACAACCUGUAGGCUUGCUGAGCAAUAACACAGGCUCCAAAAGAGGAGGUUCCUGCCAUGACCCGACACUCCAUUUUCUUUUUUAGGUAACGCCUAUCCUAAAAGCCAGCACAGCCCAUACAGGUGAAUAACAGCUGUGUAUUUUACACUUGUCACGUGUGAACAUUAACAAACACAGAGCUCUGAAGCUGCUGCAUCAUCUGAUUUUAUACUUCCAUCUGACUCUGUAAUGUGUGCUUUCCAGGCAACUGUUUAGUUUUGUAUGCACACAGCUCAAUGGGCCGUUUCUCCUCUGCGUUCCAACAGUUGUAUUCUGUUGCGAGGUGAAACUAGGCUAGUGUCACAAAGGCAAGUUUAUCCGUUGCUCAAAUGGGGAGGAUGGAGAGAAAUGACUGAGGAAGGGCAUCCGCUCUUGGUGUAACUGUUAACCAGGGUCCAAGGUGGGAAGUGGUGCAGCGAAGGCCUUGAGUCUUCUCGUGAAGGCAGUAUUAUUAGUUAGGAAUAUAAAAUGUACAUAGAGCUAUAGGAAAAUGUCGAACCUGCAGAUAAGGGGAAAGAGAAGCCAUGGCAAUGCAUGUGCUGGAUUGAUUAUAUUGUAUUUUAUUCAUUCCAAAUAUUAAGUGGCUAAGUGCAAUUGUCUCCAGGAGGAGAGAUCCUUGUUUUGAGACAGACAGACCUUUCUAAAUAUUAGUGGUAUCUGUAAUCUGGCACCUAAGCCAUAACAUGAGUAUUCACGGCUUUGGGUCAAGGAGUAGAUUCCUUUUAUCCACCAUAAAAUGAUUUUUCGAUCUGAAUAUUCUGUCAAAAGUCUUUAUAUUAUACUCUUGUCCUGAACUGAUCAUUUUGCUUGGGUUAUGGAGAGA